AUGCCUGACAAUCACCCCAUCGACGAUGACGACAAUGCCGAGCAGUACGCGUCCUCUGAAGACUCCGACUUCGCGCCCGAGACCGCAGAUGCUGCUGAGCGCGAGUCCCUAGGCGACUCAGACUCGGACGACAACGACGAUGAUAAGAAGACCGCGACCCCUCGUCACAAGAGGGACGCUGCCGAGACCGCUGCAGAAGACGUAGACCUUGACAACUCGGGCGACGAAACUGUCAUCCGAAAGGCUGAGAAGAAGCGCAAGAAGAAGAGGAAGGAUAAGGGGGCGAACAAAAGCCGAGAAAAAUUCACCGCUAGUUCCGGCCCUGUCACGAUCGAUGUCGACGCGCUCUGGGAGCAGAUGAAGAGCGGAGCCACCCCUACCACGACCCAAGCCGCGCCCAAAGAUGGAGAAGCGAAGGCUUUAGAGAAUGGCGAUAGUAAAGAUGAGGAGGCUUUCCCAGAAAUAUCAGGUCUACCCUCUGAAGAUACGGCCGUUAAUCCUCCCGCCAUGAUCCGUAUCAAACGGAAAUAUAAUUUCGCCGGCAAAGUGCAUACUGAAGAGAAACUCGUACCGCGAGACUCGGCAGAAGCGAAGCUCUAUCUCGCCUCCCAGGGCGGGGAUACCUUGCCCGAGGACGACACAUCGGCCGGUCCUUCGAAGCGGGCGCCCCGUAAGGCGUUCCGAUCCGCCUUCGAGCCCGUCCUCGAACCGCUCCAACGCCGUGGCGACCUCAACCUAGGCAUGGCAGCAAGGCUAGAGGCUAGAGAAUCCGGUGCCAAGAAGCUCAACACGGUUGAGAAAAGCAGAAUGGACUGGGCUGGGUUUGUGGACAAGGAAGGCAUCAAAGACGACUUGGAGUUGGCAGGCAAAUCCAAGGGUUCUUAUGCGGAGAGGCAAGAUUUCUUGGCUCGGAGUGAGGCACGGAGGGAAGAGGAAGCAAGACGAGCUCGAGUUGUUGCGAGGUGA